AUGGAUCCAGACGCCCAGGCCCCACGCUGGGAUGGCAGUCGGAUGUCCUCGUCGUCAUUCCCUCGACACGGAUGGUCCCGACUGUCUCCGCCCUACGCGCCCCCGGCGGGCGAUGUAGGACCCUCCCACUAUGCAAGCUGGCGCCCCUUCAAUGCUGCAGCCGAUGAACCAGAUCCCGAGUCCCUUCUUCACACAACGUCCCUGCGUCAAAUGAACCAAGAUCUCCGGCACUUGUCUCGAAACAAUCACAGCAACCCUCGGACUGACUCUAAACGACCCUCAACGCAACCCUCUCAACCGGUCCUGGUGCGCGCAUACUCCGGCAAUGCAGACGACACGGCUGUCAAGCCAUCGACCAUGUCACCUCGUCGGCUCUUCCCAUUCACGACCUCGAAGAGCUCGGCUGCCUCCCGUCCGUCGGGGCCGCCGCUCCCAGCAGACAAGGAAUUCAGUAUCGAGAGCAUAUUGCAGGCCAUCGAGCCCGAUAUCCGCGGCACAUUGGACUCGAUCGCCGAGAUCUGUGGACGCAGCAAACUGAGUCUUGCCAAUGAAUAUGGAAGCCAUAUUGCACCGUUGGGCGAGAUUCGUGCUCCGCCCGGCGGCCUCGGGCCCGUGGAAGAGGCCAGCUCGACCGAUGAACGACGUGCCGAUGAAGGAGUAGCCAUUUUUGAUGGCGAGGCUGGUCUGAUGGACCCGGGCCGAGAAAUCCAUCUGUUCUCUUUCUAUCGGUAUCUGGAACGUCUCCGGCAAGCUGCUUCUGUGCGAGAACACGAUGGUACCACUGGCUUAGGCCUUUCCAUACAGGCGGAUAUAUCACGAUCUGCGACACAGCUGGAUGCUGUUCCUGUUGGAGACCUUCCAGUUCCGCAGCCGACUCGUGAAUUUUUCUCCAAGUCACAGAGUGGCCGAGAUCUUCUGGCGAAAAAUGGCACCUCUGAUCAUGAGGACGGCAAAUUCCGGAGCAUUGCGACCUCUCUAGAAGUGCAUCUUGAUGCACAGGCAGAUGGGCCGGAAAGUUCUACCGAACCCCUGUCGUCUGCAUCAAGCUUACCCAAUCCCCAUCCUUCACGCUCAGCGCCCAAAGCAUCAUGGUAUGCGCCAGAGGCGGUUCGCUCUGUGCUAGGCUGGUUGAGAUGGACUGCUUGCUUGGCAGAGCCUGAAUCUCAACCGGCGCUGCAGUCUGCUGAAAGUCGACUGCGCGCCAUGCUUGAACGAACCACCGAUGAUAGUGCCAUCUGA